AUGAUGAGGAGAACAUCGUCUAUCCGACUGGACCCAAACUCUGGUCGACCAUGGCUUCAAUGGCAAUCGCAUGCUUUCUCAGUGGACUUGACCUCACCAUUGUCGCUGUCGCCGUUCCAAGCAUCACAGACGAAUUCCAGACGAUUGCAGAUAUCGGUUGGUACUCAGCUGCAUACGGCAUGA